AUGGGGUUGUUUAAGAACUUUCUAGAGCCAGGGAAAAUCAUUGGGAUUUUCACCAUCGGAACUUGGAUCAACAGACGAAAUCAACCCAAUACCGGAGACGAAAGUCGACCAUCGUUGCUCACAGAUAACACAGAGGAACAGAGACCUGCUCAAGAUAGACAGAGCCAAGUGCUGCACCAUGGGUCUCGACAGAGGAUCCAUUCUCGGGUUGUGGCACAAUUCCCGUUCCUGCUCGAGAUAUGGCACUGGCUACUUACUUAUUUGAUCUACCAAGGACUAAGAGCUAUCUCUGUACGAACGAUUGCUGGCCCCGAUGCUGUCUUCCAGAAAGCAGAACACCACGCCCUCCAGAUAUUAUCGCUCGAACACCAGAUUCACUUGGACAUUGAACUCUUCGUCCAACACUUUGUACUCGAUCGAGUCCCGUGGCUGAUGGGCAUUUUCGCCCGAGUGUACCACUCGCACAUCAUGCUCGGGGUUGCCUUGAUUGUGUAUUGUUACACGUUCUUCCCGCGCCCUCACUACCAGAGCAUCCGACGCACAUUGGCCUUAGAGAAUGCCAUAGCGUUUACAGUCCUGUCCCUCUGGCGAUGCAAGCCACCCCGUCUCCUUCCUGAAGAAUUCGGUUUCAUCGAUGUACUCCAUAACCGCUCCAGUUCUGCCUGGACGCAGAACAAGUUCCGGUUGACGAUUGCCGCCAUGCCCUCGUUGCAUUUUGGCAACUCGGUCCUGAUUGCGUUUUGUUUGGGGAAGUAUAGCCCGCACUGGGUUUUGCGGGUUCUUUCGCCCCUAUGGCCGAUGGUCAUGGGGCUGACGAUUGUUGCGACCGCGAAUCAUUUUAUUUUGAAUGCUGGGGCUGGGGUCGGGGUUAUGGCUGCAUUCUGGUUCAAUAGGGUCAUGCUGGUGUUGCUGGCUCUGGAGAGAAGGUUGUUCCAGCUGAUUCGGCUGGAGAAACCUCGAGAGAGCUAG